AUGGAUCGACUACAAAUGAAGAAACUUGGCGUGUGCUCUUUCUUCCCAUGCCCAUGUGCUCCCACAAAUGUGUUCAGCAUUCCUAAAACUCACCGGACUUUCUGUAAGAAGUGUGGCAAACACCAACCCUACAAAGUGGCCCAGAAUAAGAAGGGCAGGGAUUCUCUGUAUGCCCAGGGAAAGUGGCGUUAUGACAGGAAGCAGAGUGGCUACGGUGGGCAGACUAAAUUAAUUUUCUGGAAAAAGGCUAAAACUGCCAAGAAGAUUGUGCUGAGGCUUGAGUGUGUUGAGACUAACUGCAGAUCUAAGAGAAUGCUGGCGAGUAAGAGAUGCAAGCAUUUUGAAGUGGGAGGAGAUAAGAAGAGCAAGGACCAAGUGAUCCAGUUUUAA